AUGGAGAAACAAACCACCACAAAGAAAGUAGCAACGACAAAAGAAACAAAACCAAAAGAAACAACAUCGUCAGAAAAACAGUCCACUACUACGGAAAUAGAAACAACAGAAGAAACAAAACAACCCAACAAAACAAUAUCGACGGAGAAACAGUCCACUACAAAAGAAACAGCAACAACAGAUGAAACUAAAACACUAAAUGAAACAGCAUUGACGCAAAAACAAACCACCACAAAGAAAACGACAAGUGAAACGAAACAUCCCAAUGAAACAAAAGCGACAGAGGAAACGAGAACACCAAAUGAAACAACAUCAACAGAGAAACAGUUACCUACUAGGGAAACAGCAACGACGGAAAAACAGAAGACACCCACUGAAACAACAUCGACGGCUAAAAAACCCGCAAAAGAAACGUCAUUGAUGGUAGAUGAAUCGACAACUGAAAUAUCAUCGACGGUAGAUUCCUCACCAGAAACAACGACUGUGAAUGAAUGGACAACUGAAACGUCGUCGUUGGUGGAAGAAUGGACAAAUGAAACGUCAACGAUGGCGGAAGAAUUCUUAAACGAAACAGCAUCAACAGAGAUAGAAUCGACAACAAAAGAUACGUCCUCGACAGUGGUAGCAUCCUCAACUGAAACAUCAUCACAGGUGGAAAACUCAUCGAUAAUUCAAGAAUCAACAACAAAAACUUCAUCGGCAAUGGAUGAAACAACGAUCGAAACGUCAACAACGAAGGAACAACCGAGAACUGAAACAUCAUCGCAUGUGGAAGAAUUCUCAAUUGAAACUUUAUCGACAGUGGAUGAAUCAUCCACUGAAACGACGUUGACAAUAGUAGAAUCAACCACAGAAACAUCAUCGAUAAUAGAAGAACACCCAACGAAAACGUCAUCGGUUGAUAAAGAACCCACAAAAGGCACGUCAUCCCUGAUGGAAGACUCAUCAACGGUAACGUCGUCUCAGAUGGAAAAAUCGACAGCAGAAACGUUAUUGACGACUAAAAAAUCAACGACAGAAACGUCAUCGACAGUGGAAGAAUCCACUACUGAAACCUUAUUGAUGACUGAAGAAUCUAGAACAGAAACAUCAUCACAGAUGGAACACUCAUCAACCGUAACAUCGCCUCAGGUGAAAGAAUUGACAACAGCAAUGUUAUUGACGACUAUGGAAUUAACAACAAAAACUUUAUCGACCGUGGAAGAAUCAUCCACUGAAAAGAUAGAAAAAUCAACCACACAAACAUCAUCGAUAAUAGAAGAAUAUCCAACAAAAACGCCAUCGACUGACAAAGAACCCACAACAGACACAUCAUCCCAGAUGGAAGAAUCAUCAAACGUAACGUCGUCUCAGAUGGAAAAAUCGACAGCAGAAACGUUAUUGACGACUAAAGAAUCAACGACAGAAACGUCAUCGACAGUGGAAGAAUUCACUACUGAAACAUUAUUGAUGACUGAAGAAUCUAGAACAGAAACAUCAUCCCAGGUGGAACACUCAUCAACCGUAACAUCGCCUCAGGUGAAAGAAUUGACAACAGAAAUGUUAUUGACGACUAUGGAAUUAACAACAAAAACUUUAUCGACCGUGGAAGAAUCAUCCACUGAAACGAUAGAAAAAUCAACCACACAAACAUCAUCGAUAAUAGAAGAAUAUCCAACAAAAACGCCAUCGACUGACAAAGAACCCACAACAGACACAUCAUCCCAGAUGGAAGACUCAUCAACCGUAACGUCGUCUCAGAUGGAAAAAUCGACAGCAGAAACUUUAUUGACGACUAAAGAAUCAACGACAGAAACGUCAUCGACAGUGGAAGAAUUCAUUACUGAAACAUUAUUGAUGACUGAAGAAUCUAGAACAGAAACAUCAUACCAGGUGGAACACUCGUCAACCGAAACAUCGCUUCAGGUAGAAGAAUUGACAACAGAAAUGUUAUUGAUGACUACAGAAUUAACAACGAAAACUCUAUCGACGGUGAAAGAAUCAUCCACUGAAACAACGUCAACGAUAGAAAAAUCAACCACAGAAACAUCAUCGAUAAUAGAAGAAUAUCCAACAAAAAUGUCAUCGACUGACAAAGAACCCACAACAGACACAUCAUCCCAGAUGGAAUACUCAUCAACCGUAACGUCGUCUCAGAUGGAAAAAUCGACAGCAGAAACGUUAUUGACGACUAAAGAAUCAACGACAGAAACGUCAUCGACAGUGGAAGAAUCCACUACUGAAACAUUAUUGAUGACUGAAGAAUCUAGAACAGAAACAUCAUCCCAGGUGGAACACUCAUCAACCGAAACAUCACCUCAGGUGGUAGAAUUGACAACAGAAAUGUUAUUGACGACUAUAGAAUUAACAACAAAAACUUUAUCGACGGUGGAAGAAUCAUCCACUGAAACGACGUCUACGAUAGAAAAAUCAACCACAGAAACAUCAUCGAUAAUAGAAGAAUAUCCAACAAAAACGUCAUCGACUGAUAAAGAAUCCACAACAAAAACGUCAUCCCAGGUGGAACACUCAUCAACCGAAACAUCGCCUCAGGUGGAAGAAUUGACAACAGAAAUGUUAUUGACGACUAUAAAAUUAACAACAAAAACUUUAUCGACAGUGGAAGAAUCAUCCACUGAAACGACGACGACGUCAACGGUAGAAAAAUCAACCGCAGAAACAUCAUCGAUAAUAGAAGAAUAUCCAACAAAAACGUCAUCGACUGACAAAAAACCCACAACAGGCACAUCGUCUCAGGUGGAAGACACAUCAACUGAAACGUCGUCUCAAGUGGAAAAAUCGACAAUAGAAACAUCAUUGAUGACUGAAAAAUCGAAAGUGGAAGAAUCGACAGCAGAAACGUCAUCGAUAGUGGAAAAAUCUUUAAAUGAAACAUCGCCAACGACAGAAAAAUCAACAACAGAAACAUCAUCGAUAAUUGAGGCACACCCACCAUACCCGUCAUCGACUGAUAAAGAAUCCACAACAAAAACGUCAUCCCAGGUGGAAGACUCAUCAACUGAAACGUCGUCUCAGGUGGAAGAAUUGACAACAGAAAUGUUAUUGACGACUAUAGAAUUAACAACAAAAACUUUAUCGACAGUGGAAGAAUCAUCCACUGAAACGACGUCUACGAUAGAAAAAUCAACCACAGAAACAUCAUCGAUAAUAGAAGAAUAUCCAACAAAAACGUCAUCGACUAACAAAAAACCCACAACAGACACAUCGUCUCAGGUGGAAGACACAUCAACUGAAACGUCGUCUCAAGUGGAAAAAUCGACAACAGAAACAUCAUUGAUGACUGAAAAAUCGAAAGUGGAAGAAUCGACAGCAGAAACGUCAUCGAUAGUGGAAAAAUCUUUAAAUGAAACAUCGCCAAUGACAGAAAAAUCAACAACAGAAACAUCAUCGAUAAUUGAGGCACACCCACCAUACCCGUCAUCGACUGAUAUAGAAUCCACAACAAAAACGUCAUCCCAGGUGGAAGACUCAUCAACUGAAACGUCGUCUCAGGUGGAAGAAUUGACAACAGAAAUGUUAUUGACGACUAUAGAAUUAACAACAAAAACUUUAUCGACAGUGGAAGAAACAUCCACUGAAACGUCGUCUACGAUAGAAAAAUCAACCACAGAAACAUCAUCGAUAAUAGAAGAAUAUCCAACAAAAACGUCAUCGACUGAUAAAGAAUCCACAACAAAAACGUCAUCCCAGGUGGAAGAAUGGACAGUAGAAACGUCAUCGACAGUGGAGAAAUCUUUAAAUGAAAUGACGUCAACGAUAGAAAAAUCAACUACAGAAACAAUUUCGAUUAUUGAGGAAUACCCAACAUACACGUCAUCGACUGAUAAAGAAUCCACAACAAUAACGUCAUCCCAGGUGGAAGACUUAUCAACUGACACGUCGGCUCAGGUGGAAGAAUCGAUAGCAGAAACGCUAUUGACGACCAAAGAAUUAACAACCGAAACGUCAUCUCACGUGGAAGAAUCGACAACAGAAACGUUAUUGACGACUAAAGAAUCAACGACAGAAACAUCAUCGUCAGCGGAAGAAUCCAAAACGUCAUCAAAAGUAGAAAAAGAAAUAAAUGAAACGUCUUCGAUGACUGAAGAGUCAACAACAGAAACAUCAGCUGUAAUUGAGGAACACCCAACAAAAACUUCAUCGACUGAUAAAAACUCUACAACAAAAACGUCUUCUCAGGUGGAAGACACAUCAACUGAAACGUCAUCUCAGCUGGAAGAAUCGACAACAGAAACUAUAUUGAUCACUACAGACUUAACAACAGAAACUUUAUCGACGGUGGAAGAAUUAUCCACUCGAGCGACGUCGAUGACAGAAAAAUCAACCACAGAAACAUUAUCGAUAAUAGAUGAACACGCAACAAAAACGUCAUCGACUGACAAAGACCCCACAACAGACAUAUCGUCCCAGGUGGACGACUCAUCAACCGAAACGUCGUCUCAAGUGGAAGAGUCGACAAUAAAAACAUUAUUAAUGACUGAAGAAACAACAACAGAAACGUCAUCGACAGUGGUAGAAUCCACAACUAAAACGUCAUCGACAGUAGAAAAAUCUUUAAAUGAAACGGCGUCAAGGACAGAAGAACCAACAACAAAAACAUCGUCGAUAAUUGAGGAACACCUAACAAAAACGUCAACGACUGAUAAAGAAUCCACAACAAAAACGGUGGUGAGAAAAUCUUUAACCAAAAGGUCAUCGACAAUUCAAAAACCAACAAAAGAAACUUCAUCGAUAAUUGAAAAACCCCCAACAAUAACGUCACCGACUGCUGAAGUGCCCAUAACAGAGAUAUCUCAGGUGGAAGAAUCGACGUCAGAAAUUUUAAUAAGGACUAAAAAAUCAACGGUGGAACAAUUUUUAAAUCAAACGUCAUCGCAGAUGAAAACGACAUCGACAAUUCAAGGACCAAUAUCAGGAACUUCAUCAACUGUGAAUGAAUCGACAUCUGAAACGUCAUCGACAGUGGAUGAAUUUAAAAUAACCGAAAAGCUAUCAAAGAUUGAAGAACCUUCUCCACAUAAAGUAAUAUCAGCAGACUACGCCCCCGCUCCCAUGGGACCAAAGACAAACCGUCCGGACGCUUACCGUCCGCACGACUCAAACCCGGGGGCUCCAGAACGCAGGGGAUGUUCGCUGACACCAAAGCACGACGGAGAAUGUCAUUAA